AUGGGUGGUGUCGUGCCAGCAACUCGGAGUCCAUCAUCUCAGGUAUAAAGCGGUGAUCGUCCUCGACUCAGGCAGUCUGUACGGCUCACUCGUUCAGCCUCACCACCGAUCUAGUCAUUAUGUUUCGUCGCGCUGCCAUCCUCUCGCUCGCUGCCCUUGCGGCAGCAAAGGAGAUGCCCAAGGAUGAGUUGAGGGCUGCCCAGCUCUUUGACUCUGGUAUUCGUCACGAGAACAACAAAGCUCUGAAGCUGGAGACUUGGGCGCAGCAGGAAGCAGCUGGCGUGUACGCGUCUGCGCAGUACGCCAGACUUGCGUCCAUUGCCACCUGUACCAACGGCACCGCUAAGACGGCGACAGACACGUUCAAGUGCAAGAAUAUUGACUUGUACGAUUUCGCGUCUCACUCGGCUUUGGGCAGCACCUACGGUUUUGGCUCCUCAUCCUGGGGUUGGACGUCGAGCACCGGCCGCGAGUUCGUUGCCAUCGGCCAAUCUGAUGGCACAGCGUUCGCUGAGAUUACCAAGGAGGGCAAGCUCUCUUACCUUGGUCGUUUGCCCCAGUACUCCACUCGUAGCCAGUGGCGCGAGAUCCGUGGUCAGAACGACUACAUGAUCAUCGGUUCUGAGGCUGUGAACCACGGUAUUCAGAUCUUCGACAUGAAGAAGCUGCUUACCCUCAGCCCUUCGGCGCCCAAGACCUUCAGCAACACCGCUGACCUUGCUGGUCACUACAAGGGCCUCCCUACUGGCCGCACCCACAAUGUUGUGACCAACCCCGAGACAAACUUCAUCUACUCUGUUGGUGCUAUGCCCAGGACCGACAAGUGCAAAUCGGGUAUCAUCUUCAUUGAUAUCUCGAAUGUCGCCAACCCCACCAGCCCCGGAUGUGCUUCUGGCGAUGGCUACGUGCACGACGCGCAGUGCCUGAUCUACCACGGACCCGACAAGGCCUACGAGGGUAAGGAGAUUUGCUAUGGUUUCAACGAGGAUACAUUGACCAUCUACGACGUCACCAACAAGAAGGCACCUGUCAUUCUGUCCAUUACAUCUUACACGGGUGCUGCAUACACCCACCAGGGUGUUGUCCUUGACCCCAAGGACCAGCGCUACCUGCUGCUCGAUGACGAGUACGACGAGUACGACAAGGUUGGCCCUGGUGCGGCCGGCAACCCCAUCACCUACAUUUGGGACAUCUCUAGCUUGAAGGCGCCUAAACAGACUGGCUUGUAUCGCUCGGGCGCGAAGGGUGUCGACCACAACCAGUAUGUUGCCAACGGUUUUGCGUACCAGUCCAACUACGGCACCGGCUUCCGCGUCCUCGACGUUCGCUCGAUCCCCAGUGAUCCCUCGGGUAAAUCAGUUCGCGAGAUCGGCUUCAUAGAUGUAUAUCCUGAGGAUGACAACGCAACCGGUGGUGGCAAAGUCGAUUUUGUUGGCACGUGGUCGAGCUAUGCGCUUUUCAAGAGCGGCUACAUCCUGGUUAACACGAUGGAGCGUGGCGCGUUCAUUGUCAAGCUGCAGGCUGGUGCCACCGCGUAAGGAGUGGCAGGCUCAACCUUUUGUAGGGUGCAACCCACCUUUAUCGCAGCCAAUAAGCUACAGAAUCACAACUGAACAACUCCGUUCACUCUAUCAAUAUGUCUUCGUCUUGCCUGAUGCUGCAUCUUGUGUAGUGGCUGAUCGGACGUGCCUAGGGUGCAGUACACACGAUCUCGUAUUGUAUUGCAAUUGAUAAGAUUAAGCCGACCAGCACAGUGAUUGGCUACUGCUAAUAUAAAUCCCUUACUCAACGGUCUU